ACAUGGUUGAGUCUUGACUACCCGCAGCGGUGGAGCAGUUGCAUCAGUUCAGCCGCUUUGCAAAGGUUGAGUCUCUACUUUACUACAAACACAGACAUCAUCUAAAGGAUUAGAGGUAAAAUGUGUGGGAUCUGGGCUUUAUUUGGCAGUGAUGAGUGCCUGUCAGUUCAGUGCACUAGUGCCAUGAAGAUUGCUCACCGGGGCCCGGACGCCUUCCGCUUUGAGAAUGUUAACGGCCACACCAACUGCUGUUUCGGUUUCCACCGGCUGGCUAUUGUGGACCAGCUGUACGGUAUGCAGCCCUUACGCAUCAAGAAGUUUCCCUUCCUUUGGCUCUGCUACAACGGAGAGAUUUACAACCAUCACACGCUGAAAAAGCAGUUUGAGUUUGACCACCAGACCAAAGUGGACGGGGAGAUUCUGCUCCAUCUGUAUGACCGCUUUGGCAUCCAGAAGAUGGCUACCCUCCUGGAUGGCGUCUUUGCAUUUGUUCUGUUGGACACAUCCAACAGAAAAGUCUUUCUGGGACGAGAUACGUAUGGUGUGCGGCCUCUGUUCAGACUCCUCACAGAUGAUGGAUUCCUCGCAGUCUGCUCAGAAGCCAAAGGUCUUACAGACAUAACUCAUACGAUGGCCACCCCUGCCAACAUCACCCCCUUCCUACCCGGGCACUUUGAGGUCUUUGAUUUGAAGCAGAGCGGCAAAGUUAAGUCAAUUCAAAUGGAGCCGUUUCACUGCUGCACGAAGGAGCCUGCUCAUGCAGUUUACGACACUGUGGAGAGACUACCUACAAGUUUCGAGGAGGAAACAGUGAAGAGCAACAUCAGAAUGCUGUUUGAGAACGCUGUGAGAAAGCGUCUCAUGGCUCACAGGAGAAUAGGCUGUCUUCUGUCAGGUGGUCUGGACUCCAGUUUGGUUGCUGCCACACUGGUGAAGCUGGCCAAAGAGGAGAAGCUGCAGUAUCCCAUUCAGACGUUUUCAAUCGGGUCAGAGGGCAGUCCUGACAUCAUCGCUGCUCGUAAGGUUGCAGCUCACAUUGGCAGUGAACACCACGAGGUGAACUUCACAGCAGAGGAAGGCAUCCAGGCUGUGGAGGAAGUCAUCCUCCACCUGGAGACCUAUGACAUCACCACCAUUCGUGCCUCUGUCGGGAUGUACCUGGUUUCAAAGUACAUCAGGGAGAAGUCGGACAGUGUGGUGAUCUUCUCUGGAGAGGGAGCGGACGAGCUGACUCAGGGAUACAUUUACUUCCACAAGGCUCCGACUCCUGCAGCAGCUGCAGAGGACAGCGUUCGCCUGAUGAAAGAGCUCUACCUGUUUGAUGUCCUCCGCGCUGAUCGCACCACUGCUGCACACGGUCUGGAGCUCAGAGUGCCUUUCCUGGACCACAGACUCACAGCGUACUACCUCUCUCUGCCUGAAGAUAUGAGGACUCCUAAGCAUGGAGUGGAGAAGCAUCUUCUGAGGGACUCCUUCAAAGGUCUAAACUUGAUCCCUGAUGAGAUCCUGUGGAGGCGUAAAGAGGCCUUCAGUGACGGGAUGAUGUCUUUGAAGAAGUCCUGGUACACCUGCUUGCAGGAGCACCUGGAGUCUAUUGUGAACGACAAUCAGAUGGAGAGAGCUCACAAGACGUUCCCUCACCUCCCUCCUCCCACCAAAGAGGCCUAUUACUUCAGGCAGGUGUUUGAGAAGCACUUCCCCGGCCGGGCCGACUGGCUGUCGCAUUACUGGAUGCCCCGCUGGAUCAACGCCACCGACCCAUCAGCCCGGACCCUGUCCAUCUACAAACCCGACAAAGACCAGUGAACAGCUGCUCUGUCGGUCACGCCUUCUACACGUGUCAUAUCAGCUUCACUUUGAGCUCAGAGUAACCAAACUUAUUUUAACCAGUUGUUUUCACUUAGAGGACGUUUGUCACACUUUGAAGGAGUUUGUUGGACUUUUCAGACUCACAGUUUAAGGGAUUCAAGUUAUUUCUAGAGGCUUUAGCAGUUUAUACACUCCAGCAAACACAGAGGAGUUAGAAUUACAAAUGAAGUUAAUGAAAGUAAAUGGAAACAUUACUGAUUCCAGAGGUUGAAGUUUAAGCUUCUCAAACCUUUCCUUUUCACACUAGAUACUCGUACGGCACUAUCACUACUCGGUUUAGAUACAGAAAGAACAACAACAAGUUUUAAACAUUUAAAAGGUAAAGAAAACAAACUAAAGGAACAUAAGCUCCAAAAUGUUUCAUGCUGAAGUCAAAGAAUGAGUUUUUAACACAAGGAAAUGAAGAGAUAGUGAUUUUAUUUUCCACAUUUAAUUUGAAAUUGUGAUAGUGACCUGUGUUAGCUCCAGCAGCUGCCUGAUGAGCAUUGCGAUCUAGUCAAUAGACCCGAUGAGCCGAUCUGAAUCUGAUUAUUUUAUAUUUAGUACCUGCUGAUACCCAGUUUUGAUCUGAUACUCUUAUUUGCCCAGAUUAUAGAGUUUAAUGGACCACAGCUCGAAAGUCGUCAUGUUCAAGCUGAAUCUGACAAACUCCCUUAAAGUCUGACAGACGGUUUUAUUCUUACUGAAGGUUUGGGUUUGAACUGUGUCAGGUCUACAUCUUUGAACAGAACCACAGUCUAAUGCUGAUAGUAUGAAAGCACUAACCUGAAGCGAAGCUACGAUUAGCAGCGUUGUCCUGCUAGAUUAAUAAUGAAAUAAUCACUAAACUUCAUCCUGAUCAGUCAACCUGUCUGCUUCAGAUGAAGGGUUCUCUCUUGGGAUGUAACUUUACCUCGUCAGGCAUUUAGAAAUCUGUAGAGAAAAUUUAAAUCACUGAGAUGAAAAAAUGAUCAGACAUCAUUACGUGCUUCUUGUCCGUAAGGGGUCAUACAGACAUUGCAGCAGCAGGUAAAGAGUUUGCAGCUGAGGAUAAAGUGUCUCCCAGAAAGACGAUACCGCCAAAGGAUCCCGUUAAAGGAUGUCUGACCACCAUUUUAACAUUUCACUUUAUUUUUAACCAUUAGCUUUCUGCUAUUGACAAACUAGAGGAAAAUCCUCUCUCAAAAUUUCUCUCUCUUUACUAGUACUACUACUUGUGACUGUGUUGCAAGCACUGUCACUGCACCUGCAGGUGUCAGAGAGAGAGAGAGAUGUUGGCUGUUUUCAAACCGCCUACUAUACUAGCAGUAUGUACUGAUUUGGCCAAAAUUCAGUAUGCAGUAGUAUGUGAACAAGAGCAAAAUCUGCAGUAUGCUAAAACUUCCUGGAUCCAACAGAACAGUCAUACUACAGACUACCUUCAAACGCAGUAUGUACAGCAUGCAGUAUGCUGUACAUACUGUAUACUACAUUUGUAGAUAGUAUGUAGCAGGUGCUUUCUAAAACAGCCGUUGUCUGUUACAUCUAAGAGCUUUUGCCUCUUUAGGGGCGCUAAACAUCCAACAUUUUUCGUGCCUUUUGCUGUUUUUAUUUGCUUUGUAACUUUAUGAUCUAGCGGAAGUACCUUUUGUGUCCUUUCAAAAUAAAACCUGUUUUUUAAAGCAGGAAGUACAGCAAUGUAGGCCAUAAAAAAGGCUAAAUGAAAGAUCCUAAUCAACAGUUUGCUAAAACCCUUAUAAAAAUCAUACUGAAGUGAGUUGAGUGUAUCGUUACAUCCCUCAUUGUUUGUUGUUUUCACCUCCAGCAGAAAAUGUGGAGUUGCUAACUCCAGAAAUGCCACUGCUUCAGCUUGUUGUGGAGUUUAUUAUGCCGUUAGUGUGAAGGACGUGUUACAGAGAGAGCUGACUCAUCAGUGUGACUCUCGCUGCUUGUUUUCACAAGGAGUUAGGUUUUUGUUUAGGACUGGCUAUGCAAACAGAGUAUAUGUUACAUAAUAUUAAAUUAGGGGCAGAGGAGCAUGAGACGAUGUCAUAUGUCCAAAUCUGGGAUAUAACAUGAGUGUGAAGAAGUAGCUUUUUAUAGUCAACUAUUAUAAUUACAUAGAUAUAACACAAUAAUCCUGAUUAGAUUGGAAUGAAGCUUAUCAGAAUGUUUGACCUGUUUCAGCUCCGCUCCUUCAGGUGCUGUUAUAAAAGUAGUCUGCAGUCAACGGACCAAAUAAUGCCAAUCGAUAUAACACAAGCAGAUAACCAUUGAAGGGAUUGGUGGGAAUGGCUGUAGUGAAAAUCAUGGAAAGGAUCCCUGCAUGAGUAGAUCUUUUUCAUUUACGUGCUCCAGAUACUGGACCCAGAAAAGGCCCUCCAUGUUGUUUCACAGCCAAAAAACAACAACACAAAAAGCUGCAACUCCUUUGAUCUGGGAGGUAACAUGGCGGCUUUGGAGACAUUUAUGUGACUGUAUAUCCUUAGGUCAACAAAUUAAGAUUUGAAUCCUGCACAUGACCCAUAUUAAGGCCAGUUAAACCUUGUUGCCUUAAUUAAGAAGAACCUGCAGGGGAGAAGGUGACGGAGGGAGGGAAGACAGAACAAACAUACAUCCGUAACAGUACUAGAAAAAGCUACACAGGAAGUUAGUUUGUUCUGAGAGACCCUCAAAACAGACUGGGAUUUAUAUUCCAGAUUACACACUGACUUAAACUUUAAUAACAUGCAUGGUUAAGAUUGAAUAAAGUAUGUCACACUAAAUCAAAGUGUAACCAGUCGAAUCAGCAGUAGAGAAGCAUCUCCUGUGUUCGGCGAGUUAAAUGAGCUGUGGAGUCUGGUGUUCUCUAACGAAAGCAAUGUAACGUUGGUUUCUACUUUCAAAGAAGCAUCCUCCUCCUGAACACAAAGCUCUGUCUCUGUAGGGAUCCUCUCAGUGAUGUAACCAAACAUCUAAAGUAACAAUCUGAGCCUGUCGGACACAAACAUGGACAUUUAGUGGUCGUACUUAAACUUCAGCACUCAGCCUUUGUCGUGGCUGCUGGCUGAAGAAGAAGAAAUCUACUGGAGCUUUCUUAGAACAUUUUGUACCUGUUGGACAGCCAUUGCAGAAAUAUGUAGAAAAUGAAAUAAAAAAGGGUCCAGGUUUAGAAAUAUUAAUUCCCUUUAAACUACAGAGUGAAGCCUUGACACUCGGACACAUUCAACACUAUAAGAAGAGAAAUAAGAAUUUAAGGAAAGCUUGUUACGUUAAAGUUCUGUCAUUUAGUCUACCUCCUGACAUUUUCAUCAUGUAUGAUUAACUUUCUUCUUGUUGUCCUGGUUUUGUACUACUUGUUGCUGAUAUAAAUUUCCCACUGACCACCCAAA